AUGUCUUCUACUAGAGCGUUUGACAAAGUAUUCACGAAGAUCGAUGAGCUUAAGCCUGAGUUCAUUGGCAUGCUAAGCAAGGCUAUUGCCAUUCCGGCUGUUUCCUCUGAUGAGAGUUUGAGACCCCGUGUUGUUGAGAAGGCUCACUUCUUGGCUGACCACUUGAAGAAGCUGGGCUUUGCUGACAUUCAAUUGAAGGAGCUGGGUACGCAGCCACCUCCAGUCUCUGACCCUAACUUGCAAUUGCCACCUAUUGUGCUGGCCCGUUACGGUAACGACCCUGCUAAGAAGAACGUCUUGGUCUAUGGUCAUUACGAUGUGCAGCCAGCCAAGUUAGAAGACGGCUGGGACUCUGAACCCUUUGAGUUGGUUGUCGACGAGAAGAAGCAGGUUCUAAGAGCCAGGGGCUCCUCCGAUGACACUGGUCCCUUGACCGGUUGGUUGCACGUUGUGCAAGCACACCAAGCUGCCGGUGUCGAGUUGCCAGUUAACUUGAUCACUUGUUUCGAAGGUAUGGAAGAGUCUGGUUCUCUAGGUUUGGAGGAGUUGAUCGGCGCCGAGAAGGACAAGUACUUCAAGGGUGUUGACGCCGUCUGUAUCUCCGACAACUACUGGUUGGGUACCAGAAAGCCUGUGUUGACCUACGGUCUAAGAGGUUGUAACUACUACCAAGUCACCAUUGAAGGUCCAGGCGCAGACUUGCACUCUGGUAUGUUCGGAGGUAUCAUCGCCGAGCCAAUGAUCGACUUGGUUCAAGUCAUGUCCACUUUGGUCGACUCCCAAGGUAAGAUCCUCAUCGAAGGUGUCGAUGCCAUGGUUGCCAAGGAAACCGAAAAGGAACAGGAAUUGUACAAGACCAUUGACUUCAGUGUUGAAGAAUUGAACGCUGCUUCUGGCUCCGAAACCGCCCUUUACACCAAGAAGGAGGACAUCUUGAAGCACAGAUGGAGAUACCCAUCCUUGUCCAUUCACGGUGUCGAAGGUGCUUUCUACUCUCAAGGUGCAAAGACUGUUAUCCCAGCUAAGGUCAUUGGUAAGUUCUCCAUCAGAACUGUCCCAGACAUCGACUCUGAGAAAUUGACUCAAAUCGUCGUUGACCACUGUCACGCUGCUUUCAAGAAGUUGAACUCUCCAAACCGUUGCAAGGCUGAAUUGAUCCACGAUGGUAACUACUGGGUCUCAGAUCCAUUCAAUGCUCAGUUCCAAGCUGCCGCUAAGGCCACUAAGGACGUUUACGGUGUCGAACCUGACUACACCAGAGAAGGUGGUUCCAUCCCAAUCACUUUGACCUUUGAGGAACAACUAAAGACUAGUGUUCUAUUGUUACCAAUGGGUAGAGGUGAUGACGGUGCCCACUCCAUCAAUGAGAAGUUGGACAUCUCCAACUUCGUCAAUGGUAUGAAGCUAAUGGCUGCUUACUUGCAUUAUUACGCUGAAUCUCCAGAGAAAUAA